GGCAGUCUACUCUCUUCUCGCUUUAAGUAUUUGUUAGAACGACAAGCAACAUGCUAAAAACGUGGGUGCGCUCAAGUACCCCAGAGGCACGCAACAUUGUCCGCCAAAUCCUUGCCACCGCCUCACAACCAGAAAUUGGCCUUACACCUCACGAGAUCUUUGAACGAGCCGGAAAAGAGCAUCCAGACGCUACUACUCCAACACCGAUACCGACAGACCGAAAACCUAGUCGACACUUCCGAAACGUCCCACAGCCUCCCCGGUUAGCCCAUCCGAUACGGUCUCUGAAGUACCUCAAGAGGGUCGUCCUAGAGGAGAUGGCGGAACGCAAUGAAGUUGAAAAGGUGUAUAUCCGUAAAGGGCCAAUGACACCCGAGGGCACACGUCAGCUCAGCAUCAAGUCGAAAUCCCAAGGCGCCUCCGAAAUCCUUGGAAUUAUCAAGUCGACCAAUGUUAACGUCUGGCUUUGGCGACUCAGGCCUGACUUUGCAGAUUCUGGUCGUGCUUCUCGUGUGGACGCCCCACGAAGCCCGCAUCCCCCUCUGCUUACUUCCGAUACCCCCUCGAAUUCUGAGACGGCAAGCCCUGUCCUUCCUCGUGCUCCGCGUAUGGAACCAAAAAGUUCACAUCCUUCUCCGACAUCGGUCUCCAAGUCUUAG